CCCAACUUUGCUUAUUUCUCUCUCUUACGCUGUUACCUCUUCUUUUACAUCUCUCUCUUUCUUCGUCUCUGUAUUUUUUUUCACCCUCUGUCUCUGAUGACCGCUCAGUAAACCCUAAUUCGCUCUACACUCUCGCUUUAGAGGUCGUUGAGUCUCCUUCUCUGUGUAUUUAUAGAAAUUUGCGAGGAAAAGAACAAAACAAAAGAGAAAAAAGGAGGGAAUUUAAGGGUUGGGAUAUAUGUCCCAUAAUCAAUAUAGGUCGGAUAAGAGCGAGACGACACAGUACAGGAGAACCGAUAGGCGAUCCGCGAGCUCCAACCAGCAGCGGGGUUCCUCAGGAGCUUACGGCAAGGGCGGCGGGCCCGCCCCUUCUCCGUCGCACAAUCUAUCCUCCCUCCGCAGUGUUAAGAAGAAUAAUAAUAAUGCACAAGGAGGAGGUCAAUCCAGAACAAGCUUGCCCACUGUCAAUUCGUCAUCAUUGGAGUCUAGUAAUGCUUCUACGCCGCGUGGUACCGCAGUACAGAAUGGUUCCCAUGUACAGCCCCAACAUGGAGCAGCAUCUGAUGUGCCGACUACAAGCGCAGCUGCCAAGCCGACUGAGUUGUUGGCUCCUCAGAAAAGCACCCGAGCGGUUCCAAAGCCUCCGACUUCUCAAUCUGCCUCUGUGAACGCUGACUCAACAGCUCCUAGGACACCUGCAAAGGCCCCUGGAGAUGCGUCUAAGGCAUUCCCCUUUCAGUUUGGGUCCAUAAGUCCUGGCUGCAUGAAUGGGAUGCAGGUUCCUGCUAGAACUAGCUCAGCGCCCCCAAAUUUGGAUGAACAGAAACGAGAUCAGGCACGCCAUGAUUCUUUUAGAUCAGUAGCUCCGUUGCCAGCUCCUUCUGCACCUAAGCAGUUACCGAGAAAGGAUGUCAGUCCUGUAAUCCAAGGUCCUGUAAUCCAAGCUAAUACUGGGGAGGCUCAUUCAGUGCCCAAGGUAAAAAAGGAUGUGCAAGUCUCACCUCCACCACCAGCAGGCCAACCACAGAAGCCUUCUGUUCAUCCCAUGACUGGGAUGCCCAUGCAAAUGCCAUUUCACCAGCCACAGCUUCCUGUGCAAUUCGGAGGCCCCAACCAACAGAUUCAAUCCCAGGGAAUGACAGCUGCUUCACUUCAAAUUCCAUUGAAUUUACCGUUGUCCAUGGGAAAUUCACCCCAAAUGCAACAGCCUAUGUAUCUUCCCAGUCUCCAACACCUUCCUAUGCAGACACAAGGUCUUAUGCAUCAAGCCCAGGGCUUGAGUUUCCCUAAUCAAAUGGGUCAGUUGGGCAAUAUGGGAAUCAGCAUGACUCCACAUUAUCCCCAGCAACAGGGGGGAAAUUAUGGUGGUCCUCGUAAAACUCCCGUCAAGAUUACUCAUCCAGAGACACGUGAAGAGUUAAAGCUUGAUAAACGGGCAGAUUCCUAUUCAGACGUCGGGUCAGCUGGUCCUAGGACUCACCCUAACGUGCAUCCUAAAUCACAGCCUAUUCCAUCAUAUGCACCUUCUCAUCCCAUUAGCUUUUAUUCUCCCAAUUCUUACAAUGCCAGCUCUAUAUUUUAUCCACCCCAGAGUUCUGUUCCUUUAACAAGUAGCCAGAUAGCAGCCAAUUCUCAAGCUUCAAGAUUUAACUAUCCAGCUACACAGGGUCCCCAAAACAUGACUUUUGUGAAUCCAUCGGCUCAUAAUCCCAUACCUGUAAAUAAGACUGGGACCCAAAUUCAUGGUGUUGCAGAUCCACCAAACUUGGAACGUUCUCGUGAUGUACAUAACAUAAUCUCCUCUCAUCCAUCAACAACAGUACCAAUUACAGUUAAGCCAAUCACUGGUCCUUCUAUUGGAGAAAAGGUUGGAGACUCAUUGCUGUCAAAUAGCUCACAUGUCGUUCAAAAGGGUGAAUCUCCAAAACAUGUGAGGCCAUCUGGGGAAGCUAACUUAUCACAUCCUCAAAGGGACUCGCAGAGUUUUCCACAAGUCUCUUUGUGGCAGAUGAAAACUAGCUCUGACUCAUUGGUCUCCAAGUCAUUGCUGGUGGUGACUGAACAGUCAGUGGCUGUUUCAGAUGCUAGUUGUUCUGACGGUCUGAUACCCGAUCACUUAUCUUCAGUUUCAGGUUCACCAUCCGAGGAAUCUGCUCUAGUUGUGCCCAAUUAUGAAGGCAGAAGAAGGGAAACCCUUGUUAGGUCAAACUCGAUUAAAGAUCAUCAAAAGAAGCCAGGCAAGAAAGGAUACAUCCAACCACCUCAUGAGGCUGCUAGCGAAUCUAUUUCAACAUCAAAUUUUCCUUCUUCAGCUCUAGAGCAUGGUAUAUCUACUAACGGUGGAGUUUCAGGAGCUGUACUUGCUAAAACAACUACUACGCAUGCGAAUAGUGAAGUUGUUUCAUCAUUUCAGCAAUCACUGUCAUCUGUUGGUGAUGCUACUCAUGAUGCUUCUGAAUUAAAGGUUGACAGUGUUGGAGAGGACUCAACUAGUGUCUCAUCUCAGAUUUGUGGUGCUCGAAUCAUUCUUGAUACCUCUGAAACUGUUCAUCAUGCUAGGCCAGAUGAACAAUUAGACCAAGAAACGGUGGGAAUAGAUGAACAAGGAGAAAGCAGAUUGCCUGAAGGGUCCAAACUGGAUAAUAUUGGUGGUGAGAUAUCUUCAGAGCCUAUUUUGUUAAAAUCUCAGGAAAGAACUAAACAAAUUGAGGGAGAACAGUCUGGACAAGAUUCUGGUCUGAAGGCAAUAACUACAAAUGAUGAGGUUCUAACUUCAAAGACUGUACAGAGGGGGCUGGAUGAACCUGUGAGGGAUCAUACAGAAAUUGGCAGGACAACUGAUAAAUUAGAAAUGUGCAGCUUUAAGGUUUUGAGCUCCACAGAUGGUGGAAGUUCUCAUGGUGAGAAGAGCUCAUAUUUGGAUGCCUUUUCAAGCAGAAGUGAUAGUGUAGGCAGUAGUGAAGUUGUUGCAAUACGUGGUAUAUCAGAUCAGCUGUCUGCUCAUAUUCUAACCCCUGAUAUUGCAGAAGCAACCUCAAAACAUGAAGGGGAAGGUGUAGAGAACAUUGAUGACUUGGUCUCUUUUGGAGCAUCAGGUGCCAAGGAUAAACCUAUUUCUGAUCUGAAUAGGCCAAAGAGUACUGGUAAAGCAAAAAAGAAGAGAAAAGAAUGUCUUCUAAAAGCUGAUGCUGCUGGGUCAAUUUCUGAUCUUUAUAAUGCUUAUAAGGGCCCGGAGGAAAAGAAAGAAACUGUUGCAUCUACAGAAAGUACCGAGAGCACUUCUUCUAGUGUGCAUGUGAAGGCACUUACUGAUGCUGUUGAAUUAGAUGCCCCAGUGAGCGAGAAAAGUAGACUGGAAAAAGCUGAACCUGAUGAUUGGGAAGACGCCGCUGACAUAUCAACACCAAAAUUAGAAGUUUCGGAUGAUGGACAACAGAUACAUGGAAUACUGGAUGAUCAUGACAAAGAUGGAGUUGGAACUAUGACCAAAAAGUAUUCCAGAGAUUUCCUCUUGAUUUUUUCAGAGCAAUGCACUGAUCUUCCACAUGGUUUUGAGAUUACAGCUGAUAUAGCAGAGGCUGUGAUGAGUGGUGGUUUCAAUAGCUCUCAUCUUGUUGAACGAGAUUCAUACCCUAGUCCUGGGAGAAUAAUAGACAGGCUAAGUGGGGGAUCUCGAAUAGACCGCCGUGGUAGUGGUAUGAUCGAGGAAGACAGGUGGAGUAAAGUACCUGGUAAUUUUGGUUCAGGGCGGGAUGUGCGUCUGGAUUCCGGCCAUGGGGUUAAUGCAGGUUUUCGACCUGGAUCGGGUGGCAAUUAUGGUGUUCUUCGGAACCCACGUGUGCAAACACCCGUGCAGUAUCCUGGAGGUAUCCUCCAUGGGCCAUCUAUGGGAUCUCAGGGCGGAAUGUCUAGAAAUAGUCCUGAUGCUGACAGGUGGUUACGUUCUGCCAGUAUUCAACAGAGGGGUUUGAUUCCAUCUCCUCAGACUCCAUUACUAAUUAUGCACAGAGCUGAGAAGAAAUAUGAAGUGGGUAAGGUGACGGAUGAGGAAGAGGCAAAGCAAAGGCAACUGAAAGGCAUUUUAAACAAGCUCACUCCGCAGAACUUUGAGAAACUUUUUGAGCAAGUGAGAGCUGUCAAAAUUGACAAUGCUGUCACUCUAACUGGUGUCAUCUCGCAGAUCUUUGACAAAGCUUUGAUGGAGCCUACUUUCUGUGAGAUGUAUGCUGAUUUCUGUAGUCAUCUGGCUGAGGAGUUGCCUGAUUUCAAGAGAGUACUUCUGAACAAGUGCCAGGAGGAAUUUGAGAGAGGGGAAAGAGAGCAAGAAGAAGCUAAUAAAGCUGAUGAAGAGGGGGAGAUUAAACAGUCUGCAGAGGAAAGAGAAGAGAAGAGAGUUAAGGCUCGAAGACGAAUGCUGGGUAACAUUAGAUUGAUAGGGGAGUUAUACAAGAAGAAAAUGUUAACUGAGCGAAUAAUGCACACGUGCAUAAAGAAGUUGUUGGGUCAGUCUCAAACUCCUGAUGAAGAAGAUGUUGAAGCUUUGUGCAAAUUGAUGAGUACUAUUGGGGAGAUGAUUGACCAUCCCAGGGCCAAGGAGCAUAUGGAUGCAUAUUUUGAUAGAAUGAAGAUGCUCUCUACCAAUUCGAAUUUAUCAACCAGGGUCAGGUUCAUGUUGAAGGAUGCGAUGGAUUUGAGAAAGAAUAAAUGGCAACAGAGAAGAAAAGUUGAAGGGCCGAAAAAGAUUGAUGAAGUGCACAGAGAUGCUGCUCAAGAACGACAGGCACAAUCCAGUAGGUUGAGUCGUGGUUUAAGCAUCAACCAGUCAGCUAGAAGGACACCUAUGGAUUUUGGUCCUAGAGGGUCAACAGUAUUGUCUUCCCCAAAUGCUCAGCUGGGUGGUUUCCGUGGAAUGUCUACUCCAGUUCGUGGGCUUAGCAUUCAGGAUGUUCGCUUGGAGGACAGACAAUCUCAUGACACUAGGAUGCCGUCAGUUCCCUUGCCUCAGAGACCCAGUCUUGAUGAUUCUAUUACUUUGGGACCUCAAGGUGGUCUUGGGAGAGGAAUGUCAAUCAGAGGACCGCCGUCAAUGCGAAGUACUCCAGUAGCUGAUGUAUCUCCAGUCUCCCCAGAUCUCAGAAGAAUGGCAGCUGGUUUGAAUGGCUACAGCACUUUACCAGUGCGAACAACUUAUGGCACAAGGGAGGAUCUUGUUCCAAGAUAUAUUCCGGAUAGAUUUGCAGCUCCAGCUGCUUAUGAAUCUUCAAGUUCUCAAGAGCGCAAUUUGAGUUAUGGUAACAGAGACCCAAGGAAUCCAGACCGGAGUUCUGAUAGAUCUCUUGCAAUCUCACCACCUGCACGAGGGCAGGGAACAGCUCUUCCUCAAAAUGUGCCUUCAGAAAAAGUAUGGCUUGAAGAACGCCUUCGGGAUAAGUCAAUGGCAGCAAUUAAAGAAUAUUACAGUGCCAGAGACGAGAAAGAAGUUGAACUAUGUGUAAAAGAAUUGGAUUCACCAAGCUUCCAUCCGUCGAUGGUAUCGUUAUGGGUUGCAGACUCAUUGGAGAGGAAGGACAUGGAAAGGGAUCUUUUGGCAAAGCUUCUGAUCUAUCUUUCUAAGUCCGGGGAUGGUGUGUUGACUCAAGCCCAGCUCAUCAAAGGGUUUGAAUCUGUUCUGACUACUCUGGAAGAUGCCGUAAAUGAUGCCCCAAGAGCACCAGAAUUUCUUGGUCAUAUCUUUGCCAAAGUCAUUACAGAAAAUGUGAUCCCUUUGAGAGAGAUUGGGUGGUUAAUACAUAAAGGGGGAGAGGAGCCGGGUCAUCUUCUAGAAGUUGGGCUUGCGGCAGAUGUUCUUGGAAGCACCUUGGAAAUUAUAAAAUCCGAGAAGGGGGAUUCUGACUUCAAUGAAAUCUGGGCAAGCUCCACCUUGAGGUUUGAGGAUUUUCGGCCUCCAGAUCCUAACAGGUCAAGGAAGUUAGAGAAAUUUAUUUAGGGGGAUAUUGGAUGCUCGUUGUAUCUUUGGUAGAAGAAAAGGAAAGAAAUUAUUCUCUAGCGUUUUAGGCUACUACUUAAUUUGCGACCAAAAAGAAAAAGAAAAGAAAUAAAUCUUCUGCGGGCGGGCGGGGAUUUAUAUGUCGGGGUUUUUUUUCCCUUUCCUUCUCCAUGUCUUAAUAUUAUUUUUCAAAUUUUAACCAGGAUUAUGAAAGGUUCAAUUGAGCAUCGGAAAAUUUUAAGUUUUCCUA